AUGUCUACGGUUAUUCCUGAAAACAACGACACGAUGAAAGAACAAAUGAAAUAUAACAGUGGAAUUCGAAAACGAACGGUAAUUUCAAUAGUUCUUGGAGUGUUGCUGACAAUUGCUCUUAUAGCUUUUAUAACGGUUUUGGUAUUAUACCUGAAAGGACAAAGUUCAAAAGAAGAAGGUUGCAAUACAGACAGAUUUGAUGUUGCCAUCCGAAGUAUCGGAUUUCUUUGUGAAACUAACGAUGGCGCCGAUGCAGUGAAUUGUGUAAGAUGUGCACGACAUUUAGAUGACCAGGAACAAUGCGAGGCUGAAACCAAUGGUAUUAACAGCAUCUGUACCUUUGACACAACUGAAGGACUAUGUAGAAGGGCAUAAAAGAUGUAAACUUAAGGCGUAUACCCUUGAGGAAAUACAUUUUAUCUAGU